AUGUCGCGACCCAGUGCCACUUCAUCAAAAGGGGCCUCAGAUCAACUACUUCUACCUACUCAACCUUCAAGCGGAAUGUCGGACAAAUUUCCUGUCGCUGACUCGAAUCAAUCGUAUCCUGAAGUGGCACCAGAGAUGACACAACCACCACUGGAGACAUACCAGCAACCAAAUUCUGGCUCUACCCAGCACCCAUAUCAAUAUCAGAAUGGAUAUGUACCGCCGCCAGGAGAUGGACCUGUGUCCAAAUCACCUAAACCAAAUCCUUGGGGUCUGUCACCACUUGCAUUCGGACUUCUCGUUGCAACAGUAACGGCAAUUAUAGUUGGCGGAGCAGUGGGUGGUGGUGUUGCUGGUGCAAUGUCCAAUAAUGAUUCGGAUUCGUCAAGUGCGCCUGUCGCAACCGUAACGAUCACAGCGGAUGGCAGUUCUGCCACUGGAACGACGUCCAACUCGUCGUCAUCGGAUACUUCUACCUCUGCCCUUCCCCUCCCUUCCUCAUUACAAAACUAUGUCGCUCCAGAACCCUAUUAUGUAGGCACACUAGAGAACCCUGGAUGUACGGAUGACAACUCAAGGAUUGAGGUCCAAUACGACACCUCGUUCGACCUAUUCUGCGGUGUCGACAUGUCAAGCAGUUUGCAAGAUGAUACGGACACUUCGCUAGUGGUCGCGGACUUCACGGCUUUAUUCGCCUACAGCAUCACAGAUUGUCUGUAUGCUUGCUCGAAUGCGAUCUAUUUUGUGGAGCGCUGGGGCCAAGAUACCGAGGGUGGAAACAUGCAAAGCUGCAAGGGCGUCACUUGGAAUUACCAGAUGGCGCAGAGCAAUACAUCUGACAAUGCCAAUUGUUGGUUGAAAAAUGGCACGUCGACAGGAUAUCAAUGUAACACUUGCAUCAGUGCGAAGUUGGUUCAGUGA